AUUCUGAAGCUAAGAAGUACCGAACUUCCGGCAUAAUAAUAAAAAAAAUAGAUCUAGAUUUCUAGAAGUCUAGAUCUAGGCCUAUAAUUUUUAAAUUACGAGGAAACCAACAUGUCUGAUAAAAAAGAUAAACCAGCAACUGAAAGUCAGCCAAUAAUGAUCAACAAGGUGAUACAAGAAGACAAGGAAAAACAGGACAGUGGACAAGAAAAAAAUGAGAAACAGCCUGAAAUAGAAUUAAAUGCUGAAUUUGGUUCAUUCCUGGAAUUGAGAAAUGCCAUUGAGCGAUAUCAGAAACAGAAAUCUGUUCAGCUGAUAGUUAGAGAUUCCAAACUGUUGAAAACAGAAUCUACACGCAAGAUAAUACCCAAAGUGUAUCACUUGGUGAACCAAAGUCUAAUGUACCACUCCAUCACCUACUGCUGUAAAUGUCAUGGCACACGGAAGGAAAAACUAAACACUAGGAUAAAAAACUUGAGCCAUAAACGUCUGAACUGUCAAAUGUAUAUAAGGUUCAAGUUGUCUGCAGACCUAAAGAAACUUGUCCUGUUUGACAUGGAUGAAACACACAACCACGGCACUGACCCUACAACCUUUCAGUUGACGCCACGACAACAGGUUUACAGGUUAUGCAGGAUGAAGAAACGUAAAAGAUUAGCAGAAGAUGAUGAUGAAGAAGAUGAAAACCUUUGGGAUGAAAGCACAACACCUAAAAAAAAUAAAAGUGAUGAAAUCCCUACUUAUGGGGCGACACCCAUCAAGAAGAGCAUCAGCAGUAAUGAAGAUGAGGAUAGUGAGGACUCAAAUGCUGCCAUAGAAACUCAACAUCAGAUAACUCCGUCAGAUUCCUCACUAGAUUCAGAGUCCUCUUGUUCAGACUCAGAUGAAGAAGAGUUCCGCAAGAAUCGUCAGCUCUUGCCAUUCCCUAUUCGACUUAUCGGCUCUGCAAUACAGAGCUCAUCUGAGCUGCUCUCUUGCACUAAAGAGUUGAUAGAAAUACAAAAAUCCAAACUGCUUUUGGAAAAACAAAAACUGCUUCUUGAGACAAAACAUUUGGAGCUCGCAAAUUCAAAGUUGGAAUUUGAGGUACAGAUGCUAGAGAAACUUGUGGCAUCAGAAACGUCAAAGUCAUCUCGUUUGCCUGAUACAACAAUAUAUCUGCAGACAACAUAGGGAAAUGUCAUCUCAUUUGCCUGAUACAACAAUAUAUCUGCAGACAACAUAGGGAAAUGUCAUCUCGUUUGCCUGAUACAACAAUAUAUCUGCAGACAACAGGGAUAUCUGCAGACAACAUAGGGAAAUGUCAUCUUGUUUGCCUGAUACAACAAUAUAUCUGCAGACAACAUAGGGAUAUCUGCAAACAGCAUAGGGAAUGGAUUUACUUUCAUAUCCAGUGUUUAUAAGUGUCUUGAACAUUUUCAGAUUAAGCAUAAAGCUGUGGAAAUUUUUCUUCUUGGUUCAAAUAAAUGUAAUUCAUAUCUUCUAACUUAGUUAAAGGCUAAUUCUUGAAUUUAAAAAAAGGGUUGUUCUAUUUAUUUUGAAAUGUUAAAUUCCUAGUUUUAAAGGGUUAAGAUAUGUAACUCAAAGUAUCAGUAUUGAACAAUAAAAAAUGUCAUGAAACAAGUUGAAUAAAUGUGAAGCUGCA